AGGAUGUGGCUCUGUCAAACGUUUGUCUCGUUUUUAGCUCUAAUAUUGAGUGUUUUUCUACAUUCUGGUGCUUUGGCACUGCAGGACGUGACUAAUGAUUUAUUCGGCAGUGAAAAAAUGGGGAAAGUGGCCGCAUUCGGGGAUUUUAACUCGGAUAAACAGACUGAUAUCUUCAUUAUUAGGGAAGAUUCUGAGCUGGUGAUUUUCUUGGCUGAUCUUAAAGCUCCGUAUUUCAAACCCAAAGUGCGAGUCAAGAAAGAUGUUUUCCCCAGUGAUAUCAGCGUGAUCAGCAGUGUGGUCCCCGGCGAUUAUGAUGGAGACUCUCAGAUGGACGUUCUUCUCACCGGCCACUCCAAAGCUUCAGACCUUCUGAACACCAAUGUGUUCGUCUUCUGGGGGGACAAUCAAACUCUUGAUCAAAGUGGAAGAAUGGACCUGAACAGGACCUUUAAGGAUCAACCUCUUGUUAUGGACUUUAACGGUGACAUGAUUCCUGAUAUUUUCGGCGUCGUGGAAGACUCGACAGAAGUCUGCUUUCUGCGUAACAGGAAGCUGAGAUGCGAUAAAGCUCUGGGGUCCAGCACCAAGCUCCGCGUUCCUCACUCCAACGCCUUCAUCGACCUUAACAGGGACUUCACAGCCGAUUUGUUCCUCAGCUUGCAGUCGGGGUCGGAGUUUGAAUUCGAGACGUGGAUCAAUGCGGAUGGAAACUUUACCAAAGGUCAGACAUUAAAGGCACCAGACGGUGUCACGAAAGUGGGACAGUCGGCUUUUGUGGAUUUUGAUGGUGAUGGUUUCCAGGAUCAUCUUCUGCCUGUCUGUAUGGAUGACGCUUGUGCGAAGAGCGCCGUUUACCUUUCAAAGCCCGGACUGGCCGAGUGGCUUCCUGUACUGACUGAUUUCCAGAGGAAAGACUCGCUGUGGGGGUUCGUUCCUCCGCCCGCCGGCAGCACAGACGAGUUCCACCCCCCCAUCACCCUACACCUGGGUGAUUACAACCUGGACGGCUUCCCCGACGCCCUGGUCAUCCUGCAGAACACCAGCUACAGGGAUCAGCAGCAGGCGUUCCUCCUGGAGAACAUACCGUGUAACAACGCGAGCUGUAGAGAAGCCGGCCGUAUGUUCCGCGUGCUCUGGGACCAGCCGGACCUGAACGUCAUCCCUAAAGCCACCGUGGCCACGUUCUUCGACAUCUACGAGGACGGAAUUUUGGACAUGAUUGUGCUCAGUCAAACCAAGGAUAAGAAGGAUCUCACCGUACACGCUCUGAAGAACAACUUUGAAGCCGACGCCUAUUUUGUGAAAGUGAUCGUUCUCAGUGGACUCUGUUCCACCGACUGUCCAGACAAAGUGAAGCCGUACGGUGUGAAUCAGCCCGGCCCGUACGUCAUGUACACCACCGUGGAUUCCAACGGCUACCUAAAAAACGCCUCGGCGGGUCAGCUGAGUCAGUCCGCCCAUCUCUCACUCCAGCUCCCGUACACGGUGCUCGGACUCGGACGCAGCGCCAACUUCCUCGAUCACCUCUUCGUGGGCAUCCCCAAACCCUCUGGAGGAAAGGACGUUAGGAAACAGGAGUGGACCGCCAUCAUCCCCAACUCUCAGCUCAUCGUCAUCCCCUAUCCAAACAACGAUCCUCGCAGUUGGAGUGCUAAGCUCUAUCUGACUCCCAGUAACAUAGUGCUGCUGACGGCCAUCGCUCUGAUCGGCGUGUGCGUCUUCAUCCUGGUCAUUAUCGGCAUCCUGCACUGGCAGGAGAAGUGCCGCUCCUCUCUCCCGAUUAAACAUGCUGAAGCCAUAAUUGCUCUCUGCUAGGGAAAGUGCUGCCUACUCUCACAACUGCAUUAAAGUAAGAACCAUACACACUGCCUGCACAAGUGUGUGUGUGUGUGAGAGUGUGUGUGUGUGAGAGUGUGUGUGUGUGAGAGUGUGUGUGUGAGAGAGUGUGUGUGUGAGAGAGUGUGUGUGGCUGUGGAUGAGAGUGACGGACUGUGUGUCUCCAGAGAGCGAUGUUCUCAUAACAAAUUAGUGCCGUUCGUUUACGGCGUCAUCGACAGUCAGGUGGCUGAAGCGGGAUGAGCUGAGUUCAUCUGAUGUAUAAAGACCUGCUUUCAUACUGUGUGUGUGUGUGUGUAUAUAAGUGUGUGUGUGUGCGACUGUGUGUAUGUGUAGAUAAGUGACUGUGUGUGUGUAUGUGUGUGGAUAAGUUAUUUUGUGUGUGUGGACAAGUGAGUGUGUGUGUGUACGUGUGCAUGUGUGUGUGUGGAUAAGUGACUAUGUGUGUGUAUGUGUGCAUGUGUGUGUGUGGAUAAGUGACUGUGUGUGUGUACGUGUGCAUGUGUGUGUGUGGAUAAGUGACUAUGUGUGUGUAUGUGUGCAUGUGUGUAUGUGUGUGGAUAAGUGACUGUGUGUGUGUGAGUGGAUAAGUGACUGUGUGUGUGUGUGUGUGGAUAAGUGACUGUGUGUGUGUGUGUUUGUGUGAGUGUGUAUAAAUGGCUGUGUGUGUGUGUGGAUAAGUGACUGUGUGUGUAUGUGUGAGUGUGUAUAAAUGGCUGUGUGUGUGUGUGGAUAAGUGACUGUGUGACUGUGUGAGUGUGUGUGUGUGUGUGUGUGUGUAUGUGUAUGUGUGAGUGUGUAUAAAUGGCUGUGUGUGUGUGUAUGUAUGUAUGUGUGAGUGUGUAUAAAUGGCUGUGUGUGUGUGUGGAUAAGUGACUGUGUGUGUGUAUGUGUGUGUGUAUGUGUGAGUGUGUAUAAAUGGCUGUGUGUGUGUGUGGAUAAGUGACUGUGUGUGUGUAUGUGUGUGUGUAUGUGUGAGUGUGUAUAAAUGGCUGUGUGUGUGUGUAGGGAUAAGUGACUGUGUGUGUGUGUGUGUGUGUGUAUGUGUGUGUGUGUGUGUGUAUAAAUGGCUGUGUGUGUGUGUGGAUAAGUGACUGUGUGUGUUUGUAUUUGUGAGUGUGUAUAAAUGGCUGUGUGUGUGUAGGGAUAAGUUACUGUGUGUGUGUGUGUGUGUGUGUGUGUGUGGAUAAGCUUUCUAUCUGAUACAAGCUUCCUCAUGUUAUCCAGGCUUGGGAUCAGCGCUGAGAGCGCACUGACACAGCCAAUCAUGUCUGUCUUUAUGCCCAUCCGGCCAAUAGCACUGGGCAAGUGUGUUUCACCACUGUGCCUCCCAACUGCCCACCUAAAUAACAUAUUUAUAUAUUUAUAAUUUAUUCUGCCGAGUGUGUUUCGGUAAACACACACACACACACACACACCGUAGUAACUCUUACAGAUCAGUAAAGCCAAAUCAUACACACCGCUCAGAGAUCCCACAUGAGUCACUUCAACCCAGCUGAGAAUAGACACCAUUUUACCUGCACACACACACACACACACACACACACACACACACACACACACACACACACACUCUGUGUGUGUGUCUUUUAUCAGUGUGAGACAGAGUGUGAGUGGUUUAGGUUCUAUCUGUGAUCACACCCGAGCUUUUAUACUGCUGUGGAGUGUGUGUGUGUGUGUGUGUGUGUGUGUGCUAUUGUGAGUGUAAUGAGUUCUGUACUGUCGCUUGUUCCACUCUCCUCCACGUCAAUGCUUGGACUUAAUACAGACUUAAUAAAGACCACACACACACACACACACACACACACACACACACACACACACUCAACUCAAACUCAAAAGAAGCUUCAUUGGCAUGACAAAUAAGGACACACACACACACUUAACUGCUAUUAAAAGGCUUAAAAUUUGCUAGUUAGUUCUCCGAUUGAAUAUUAGCAUAUAAAGCAGUAGGACCUAAAACUCUGGACACGACGUCAGCGCGUCUUCAUUCACACAGCCGUUACGUCGCCUCUGACUUGCUGUUGU